AUGGCGUAUGUCACCAAACCAAAGUUUCUCUCCGGAGAUGAUAAACAUCUGAGGAUCAAACAUACUAACAAGACUUUUAGUGAUUUGGUAGGGGUUCCAAAAUCAGAUUUAAAUCAACAAGAGCUCGAGAGGCUUGAAGAGUUCGAAUUCAAUCAUGGGCCAAUGUCCCUAUUAAAAGAGGCGGUCGCCAACAACACCCCGGUGGUGAUUUCAUGUCGUAACAACCAUAAGCUUGUUGCCAAGGUGAAGGCAUUUGACAGGCAUUGUAACUUGAUUUUGGAAAACGUCAAAGAGUUGUGGACGGAACCAGUGAAGAACAAUAAAGGAAAAGUGAUAAAGGUCAACCAGAAGGAAAGAUUUGUAUCGAAGUUGUUCCUAAGAGGUGACUCUGUGAUAGUGGUUGUGAAAGCAUAG